UGACUGACUAACUAACUAACUAACUGACUAACUAACUGACCGACUAACUAACUAACUAACCGACCUGACCUUUAGCGACCUUUAGAGAGUAGUUGUGUUAGCUGUGGGGCUACCUUUUAGCAGCUGUUAGGCUAAUCUGUUAGCCAUGGAGCUGUGAUACUAACUCCCCUCUCCUCUCCUCUCCUUCUCCUCUCCUUCUCCUCUCUCCCCCCUCCAUCCUUAUGACCUCACCCUCCUGCUCACCCUCCCAUGAUGUGCAGCUCCUCUCUCUCACCACACUCACUUCCAACCUCUCUCGCCCACUCACGGCCCUGUUUUUCUGCUGAGCACUGCAGUCUGUUUGUAGGAUGUCGAUUGUCAGCAUCGUCGCCAGGGAGAUCUUGGACUCCCGGGGAAACCCCACGGUGGAAGUGGACCUACGCACGGACAAAGGUCUGUUCCGGGCGGCCGUUCCCAGCGGAGCGUCAACGGGAAUCUACGAAGCCUUGGAGCUCAGGGACGGAGACAAGAGUCGCUACAAGGGCAAAGGCGUCCUGAAGGCCGUGGGACACAUCAACCACACUCUGGCUCCGGCUCUCAUCUCCUCAGGCGUCAGUGUGGUGGAGCAGGAGCAGCUGGACAACCUGAUGAUCCAGAUGGACGGCACCGACAACAAAUCUCAGUUUGGAGCUAACUCCAUCCUGGGGGUGUCUCUGGCCGUCUGUAAGGCCGGGGCUGCAGAGAAGGACGUCCCCCUGUACAGACACAUCGCCGACCUGGCUGGAAACACCGAGCUGGUGCUGCCUGUUCCUGCCUUCAACGUGAUCAACGGAGGUUCUCACGCCGGGAACAAGCUGGCCAUGCAGGAGUUCAUGGUUCUUCCUGUUGGAGCCGAGUCUUUCAAGGAGGCGUUGAGGAUAGGAUCAGAACUGUACCACACUCUGAAGGGGGUGAUCCAGCAGAAAUACGGUCAGGACGCCACCAACGUGGGAGACGAGGGAGGAUUUGCUCCCAACAUCCUGGAGAACAGUGAGGCUCUGGACCUCCUGCAGACGGCCAUAGAGAAGGCUGGCUUCACAGACAAGGUGGUGGUGGGGAUGGAUGUAGCCGCCUCCGAGUUUUACCGCAACGGAAAGUACGACCUGGACUUUAAGUCCCCUCCAGAUCCAGAGAGACACAUCAGCGCAGAGGAGCUGGCGGAUAUCUACCUGGGCUUCGUCAACAACUACCCAGUGGUUUCCAUUGAGGACCCGUUUGACCAGGACGACUGGGAGGCCUGGUCCAAUCUUACCGCCCGUAUGGGGAUCCAGAUUGUUGGAGAUGACCUAACGGUGACCAACCCCAAGAGGAUAGAGAAGGCUGCGGAGGAACGAGCCUGUAACUGCCUGCUGCUCAAAGUCAACCAGAUCGGCUCCGUCACUGAGGCCAUACAGGCAUGUAAACUGGCUCAGGCUAACGGCUGGGGGGUGAUGGUCAGUCAUCGAUCUGGAGAGACAGAGGACACCUUCAUCGCCGACCUGGUGGUCGGACUCUGCACCGGACAGAUUAAGACUGGCGCCCCCUGCAGGUCUGAGAGACUGGCCAAGUAUAACCAGCUGAUGAGGAUCGAGGAGGAGCUGGGGGAUCUGGCUCGGUUUGCGGGCCAUAACUUCAGAAACCCCAGCGCACUGUGAAAACAGAGAAACAUGCAUGUGCACCCCCCCCCCUUACGUGUACACACAAGGAAUGAGCCAUGUACAAAUAAUUCACACACACACGUGCACACACACGUGCACACAGGCGGCUGAUGCAACAGCUGGAGACAAAAACACUAACGAAGCCAGACAUGAACUGUUACUGUA